AUGGAUCUAGCACCCUGCGAUGCCUCCUUCAAAGGCCAAUAUGACAUGGAGCUCAUCAACUUCAACUCUCUUGAAGAGGCUGGUUGGAAUUGGACGUACCCAGCAGUCGAGCUACAAUUCGACAGCCGAACUGCCAAUCUCACUUUGGAGGGAUAUGCCUAUGGUGUAUCUCUUCAGAAGAACCCAAGGGAGCAGACAAGGGAAGAUUAUGAUGUACAGGGCAGGUUCAAGGUUUCCUUCUCCGGGGUUAUUGACCCCUACCACUCGGAUAUCCUGGUCAACACCAGCUCAACUCCUUCUUGGCUUCGAACCGUGGGAUUCGGAAACAACUCUAUGAAUAUAGGCUAUGGUAGCGAGGGUCUUCUCUCGUUUUACCCCUCACUUUGGGGGGCCACUCUGAUAUGUUUCAUUGUUUCCUUGGGCUUAAGUUAUUUCUAG